UGAACUCGGGCGUGAUGCUGGUGCGGCCCUCGCGCCUCUCCUCCAGCGGCACCCCCAUGCUGGCCGGCGUCUCCGAGUACGAGCUGCCCGAGGACCCGCGCUGGGAGCUGCCCCGGGACAGGCUGAUCCUGGGCAAGCCUCUGGGAGAAGGGUGCUUCGGCCAGGUGGUGCUGGCAGAAGCCAUCGGCCUUGACAAGGACAAGCCCAACCGUGUGACCAAGGUGGCCGUGAAGAUGCUCAAGUCCGACGCCACAGAGAAGGAUUUGUCUGACCUCAUCUCUGAGAUGGAGAUGAUGAAGAUGAUUGGCAAGCACAAGAACAUCAUCAACCUGCUGGGAGCCUGCACGCAGGACGGACCCCUCUAUGUGAUCGUGGAAUACGCCAGCAAGGGCAACCUGCGGGAGUACCUGCAGGCACGGCGGCCCCCGGGCAUGGAGUACUGCUACAACCCCAGCCGCGUCCCCGAGGAGCAGCUCUCCUUCAAGGACCUGGUCUCCUGUGCCUACCAGGUGGCACGGGGCAUGGAGUACCUGGCCUCCAAGAAGUGCAUCCACAGGGACCUGGCAGCCAGGAACGUGCUGGUGACAGAGGACAACGUGAUGAAGAUCGCUGACUUCGGGCUGGCCCGCGACAUCCACCACAUCGAUUACUACAAGAAGACGACGAACGGUCGCCUGCCAGUGAAGUGGAUGGCCCCCGAGGCUCUCUUUGACCGAAUCUACACCCACCAGAGUGACGUGUGGUCCUUUGGGGUGCUGCUGUGGGAGAUCUUCACGCUGGGUGGGUCACCAUACCCUGGUGUGCCCGUUGAAGAGCUCUUCAAGCUGCUGAAGGAAGGUCACAGGAUGGACAAGCCCAGCAACUGCACCAACGAGCUGUACAUGAUGAUGAGGGAUUGCUGGCACGCCGUCCCUUCCCAGAGACCCACCUUCAAGCAGCUGGUGGAAGACCUGGACAGGAUCGUGGCCAUGACCUCCAACCAGGAGUACCUGGACCUCUCCAUGCCGCUGGAUCAGUAUUCUCCCGGCUUCCCCGACACCCGCAGCUCCACCUGCUCCUCGGGGGAGGACUCUGUGUUUUCCCACGACCCGCUCCCGGACGAGCCGUGCCUUCCUAAGCUGCCCCCCCAGCACAGCAACGGUGGCCUGAAGCGACACUGAGGCUGGCACUGCUGGGGGUGCCAGGCUGUGCCGCGCUGUGCCGUGCCCGUGGACACUGCCUGCACAGCCUGCUCAUGCCGGGCUGCUGCAGAAGGGGUUCAGAGACAUCUGUGGCAUCUCACGUAACCAAAAGCACCCACGUCCUGCCAGCUUCUCCUGCCUCCUCGUGCCAGCUCUCCACAGCCCACGGGUUCGGCUCCAGGGUUUUUAUGGCAUUUCCUCCUUCUGUUUUUAAACCUCUUUUCCAUGAAUUCCGUGCUUGGGUAUUCCCACUUGGCUGAGCUGAAAUCCUCUCCCGUGGGCAGUGUGUGGCCAAAGAGCCGGCCAGGCCUUCUGGGGUGGCACAUCCUGGUGGGGCACGGGCUGGGCUGGGCUGGGCUGGGCUGA